AUGUUGCUGAUUCUGAUAGCUGGCGGUUGUUUAUGUAUUCCAUCCGAGGGGGAUCGUGUAAACGAUCUUGCAGGGUCUAUGUGUCGCCAUCGCGUUAGCUUUGCUAUCCUAACUACAUCUGUGGCGGGUACUCUUUCUCCUUCCUCGGUUCCAUCGCUCCGGAGGUUGGUGCUGGGAGGUGAGGCCGUGAAGCCGGCUCAUAUUGCUACAUGGGCUGGUAAGGUCCACCUGAUGACUGGGGACGGGGCCAGUGAAAUCGCAGGCACAACCAUUGUGGGGUCUAAUCUUCAACAAGAUAACGAUCCCCGUAACGUGGGCUUCGCCUGUGGUGCGGGCCUCUGGGUGGUGGAUGCUGAUCACCCUGAUCGACUUGCGCCGGUGGGGGCAGUGGGAGAACUUAUAUCGCAGAGCCAUGGGCUCGCAUGUGGUUAUUUCAACGGCAAUACACUAGGGAUAUUGAAUCGCACAUCGCGGCCUCUUGUGCAACGGUCCAUAGUUCAGUCGUCCUCCUACUCCAACCGGAUCAACAGACUACGAGACCAUUUCUGGUUGCCUUCGUCUGUCCUACGAAAAGCCCCACGUUGGGGCGCCACCAGCGAUAGCCCGUUAGCAAUUCUCGAAACCCUAAGUAGUCAGUUUUAUCUCGAUAUUGAAGAGAUUAUGCACGAGCUGCAGCGGUCUCUGCCGUCCUACAUGAUACCAUCGAUCUUUGUCCCGCUUUUGUCUAUUCCCCUCACCCUGACAGGAAACGUGAACCGUCGCCUCUUACUGGAAACGGUGGCAACAUGGCCCGAGGACAGAUUUGCUACAUAUCGGUGUAGGAGCCAAGCUUCGUCUAUGGAUAAGGCCCCUGUUACUGAACGAGAUGACCAGAUUCGUCGCCUCGUUGCUAACACCCUGAAGAAAGAGGUGGAGGGCAUUUCGAUGGGAAGCAGCUUCUUAGCCCUUGGCGGAGACUCUAUUUCCGCCAUGCGCCUCGUAGCAUUAGCGAAGCAAGAAGGGCUAUGUCUCACAGCUGGCGAUAUUUUUAAUUACCCCAUAUUGUCAGACCUGGCAACAGUUGUGCGAAAGGGCACCAGAGAGCAAUCGCAGCCAAAACAAUAUAGUUUCGAAGAGCUCAACGCUUACGGUGGGCUUCUCCGAAGAUUAUCCACCGAGAUAGCUAAUAAUAUUCAUGAAAUCAUCCCCGCAACUGCGUAUCAAAGGAUGACCCUAACCGAGCUAUGCCCAAGAUAUUUGCGCAUUGCCCUGCCUAGCAAUACAGACACACUAUCCUACGCACCAUUCUCCGACCACGUUGAAGCUGUAUGGGCUAGUCGCAAUGAGGAAGGCCUUGAAGCCUGGCGGACCAUGCUCAGAGGGUCAGAGAUGACCAUUCUGAAGCCGAAGCAGAUGGUCACCAAGAAUGUGGAGAAGGCCAUACACGACGCACGCGCAGUGAAGGUAAUAAAACGGAUACCAGUAGUUUCACCUCCAGAGAUUCUCACGAUGGCGUCCUUAGUAAAAGCCGCUUGGGCACUAACAUUUGCCAAAUUUGUCUCCGCGAGAGAUACCACUAUCUCGUUUGCUGAGACCUCCCUUAAAGACAUCGUGUUUAGCCAGGUUAUCCAUGGGCGAGGUCUAAGCGUUGCUCAUGAGAGCCAUAUCCUCGGCCCUUGUGUGAACACCGUCCCCCAACACCUCGGCACGAUGCCAUUCGAAAACAUCGGUCUGGAUGAUAUCAUCCGAAACUCUACGGAUUGGACGCCGGGAACCAAAUUCGGUAGCGUGCUGCGGUUCCGGAAUUUUGGCGCGAACCCCUCAUGUGUUUUUGAUGGAGUUACCUAUGACGCUUUUGUUUACCAUCUUCCCAACCGGCCAUCAGAGAAGAUUCAUGUAACUAUCAUGCCUUCUGCAGAUGGCAUGCAGGUCAUCAUGAAUGGGUAUGAUCAUGUUGUCGGUCAGAACGAGGCGAAGGACCUGGUAGAUUGCUUCUGCACCGCCAUUCAAGAUCUCGCUAGGACACCUACCGAAUCAUACCAUUACAAAACCUGCUUUCUUGGAUUGUUUUUGAGGGCAAUGGCGAAUCGCAGAUGGUGUUUGAAAUGCAUAUCCCCUUGGAGACAAUGUAUGGACAUCAACUUUGGUUACAGUCCCAUGGCUACAGUGGUCGGCUUUAGGCUGCAACUCGAUGUCUUCAUAUAUUGA